AUGAAAUUCAUCAAAACAUUGACACUAAUAUUCUUAAUCGAUAUUAUUUCCAUAUUUGCCGUAAUAUCGGCUCAAAACUGGAAUGAUUGGUAUCAAUCACUGAUCAAUAAGCAGAAGAGAUCGUCGCAACAAAACUGUAAAUAUCCGCUGUUUUCGUGUCGAUUAUACAACAGAUUUCGGUCAACAAAGAGAGAAACGGGUUUUCAAAGCAAUGUUCAACCGAAUCAGGUCUACGCCUAUGACAAUAUAGCUCAGCCAUCGCAGGCCUAUCCCGCCUAUACUAUGCCAAUGUAUAGCARUCCAAUGUUUGCGGCCACUAAUCCGUCGCCCAAUUAUCCAAACUUUGCCUACCAGAACCCGAUGGCCGGCUCAGCUGCUUCAUCGGACUAUGCAAUGGCACACUCGGUACARAACCCGCAGUUCGCCGAGUAUGGCAACCCGCAGGGAUCCUAUACGGCCCAAUCAUAUGGCCAAUCGCCGAAUACCAUUGAUGUACAUCAAGUGCUCGACCAGUUCAUCCGAUCGGCCGGUCUGAGUCCGCAGGGAGAUCACGAAGCCCAGGCCUCGCAUAGUUCAUCGUUUGCCAAAGCGGGUACAAAACCAGUGUUUGUCUUCAAGAAGUUGUUCUCAUUCCCCUUCUAUGUCCACACGGAUCCCAAUGUGGUCGAUGUCUACGGCAAGGGAUGGAAAAAGUAG